UUAAUGGCUGUUUUGUUAUUUAGUUCAAAAUGUAGCUUAUUAUGAUUACAUCCCGUUAAUUAAAUCUAGUUUCUGUCAGAAAAGAGGAAAUGCGGUCGUUAACCAUAUUUAUUGAAACAGAAUAUUACCACUAUUUUAUUAUGUGUGUGUCAUUUGUUUCAAUGUUUGUGCGAUUUCUUUUAAUAAACGAGAGAUUAAAAACAACAUUUCUCAGUGACCCACCCCUGAAUUUCCUUUUUAGCAUAGAACAUUUGGCUUUCAGGUUUGUCUUAUUUCUUGUGUUAUCAUAUUCCUCGGACCCUACUCCGAGAUCUCCAAUCCCCUCCACUCUUGGAGCGGGUGGACCAAUCAGAGAGCAUCUUGAAUAAAUAUUCAUGAUUCCCCGAUUCAAACGUUUGAGCGAGUUUGUGUAGAUCCGCCGCAUCACACCUAGACUUUUCAGAGAGACAAACUACAUUUUCUUAUGAAUGGAAAGUGAAAAAAUCAGUUGAGCUUAAAUUGGGAUCAAUCCUUCACUGAGAUAGAAGAAAACAAAAAAGGCAGGAGAAGGGAGAUUCGCACUGAAGACAUGACAAUGACCACAAUACCAGAGAGUCUAAACAGCCCAGUCUCAGGAAAGAGCGUUUUCAUGGAAUUUGGGCCACCGAGUCAACAAAUGUCGCCUUCAUCUAUGUCUCACGGACAUUAUUCAAUGCACUGUUUACAUUCAGCCGGUCAUCCUCAGCACGACAGCUCGUACAGUCCUGCUCCGUCUUUCCCCAGAUCUCUGGCUUAUCCAUAUGUCAACUCAGUCGGUAGUCAUUCUUCAAGUCCAUAUCUCAAUAGCGUUCAGACUUACCAAAACAGCACGGCGUUAACGCAGACGCGGUUAGAAGAUGCAGCACCAGAGACGGAGAAAAGCACGGUGGUGGAAGGAGGAGAAGUUCGGUUCAACGGGAAGGGGAAAAAAAUACGCAAACCUCGGACUAUAUACUCCAGUCUCCAGCUGCAAGCGCUGAACCGCAGAUUUCAGCAGACGCAAUAUCUGGCGCUGCCGGAGAGAGCAGAACUGGCCGCGUCUCUGGGACUCACACAAACCCAGGUCAAGAUCUGGUUUCAGAACAAACGGUCCAAGUUUAAGAAGUUGAUGAAGCAAGGCGGAGGAAGCAUAGACGCGAGCGCACUGGCCAAUGGCCGCGGACUGAGCGCCGGUUCGCCCACCGUAGCGCCCGUAUGGAACUCAUCCGCAAGCGUUAAAACCUCCGUCGGCACACCGAGCUCGUACAUCCCGAGCUACACUUCUUGGUACCCCAGCACGCACCAGGACUCUAUGCAGCAGCCGCAGCUCAUGUGAAGGCAGUGCUUAGCGGACCCCGCCCCUCUUCCUUCGCGGAGGACCCGGAUGAGGGGAGCAAGCGACCCUGCCGCCUGGCUCUCCGGCCCUCAGCCCAUACAGUACAGACUGCGAUCAUACACUGAGAUCACACCGGAGCACACCGCACAAGCACACCGAGACACCGGCAACAACAGCCCGGAGGCCGAGACACUGAAAAAGAAGCUUCUGCGGCGGAGGAACAAGUUUUCCUCCUUUACUUUCAGAGCGGAUUUCCCAGAGAUGAUGGGUCAAAUGAAGCUACUCCUUCCUGGUUUUUCCUUUUUACCUGGCAUUUUCCUGUGUGUAAAACAUUAUACAAAGCUGUAACAAAAAACAAUGAAUCGUUUUUUUCCCUGAAUGGCAUUUCUGCCAGGAAAAAGGAACAAACGCUUUUAUUUGGCAUGAUUUACUUAAAAGCAACUAUCUGCCUUUUUACAGCCGAGAAGUUGUUAAUAACCACACACACACACACACACACACACACACACACACACACACACACACACACACACACACACACACACACACACACACACACACACACACACACCAUAUCU